AGAAAAACAGAACAGCAAUGUAUAACUGGGAUUUGACGACCCAUAUAAACGAACUAUAAAAGGUGGCUGUUGGAACAAUUUAGCUAUUAAAUGUUUAGAAGAAGUGUUGUCUUAAUGGCACCCAUCAAAACUUUCGACUACCUAGUUAUAGGGGGAGGCAGUGGGGGAAUUGCAAGUGCUAGAAGAGCAGCAGAGUUUGGUGUAAAAGUUGCUUUAGUGGAAGAGAAAAGGCUUGGUGGGACAUGUGUCAAUGUUGGUUGUGUUCCCAAAAAGGUUAUGUUCAAUACUGCACUUCAUGCCGAAAUGUUGCACGACAUGAACGAUUAUGGUUUUGAUGUUACCGUCAAUGGUUUUAAUUGGAGUAAAGUGAAAGAAUCAAGAGAUGCUUAUGUGAAACGAUUAAACAACAUUUAUUCCAAUAAUCUUGACAAGUCUCAUGUAGAAAAAUUCGAAGGCCACGCCACUUUCGAUGAAAACGGAGUGUGUCAUGUUGGAGAACAUCAAAUUAGGGGAACUCACACACUUAUUGCAACUGGUGGCUUUCCUGUUGUUCCAAAAUUACCAGGAAGCGAGCAUGGUAUCACAAGCGAUGGUUUCUUUGAAUUGGAAACUUUACCAAAGAAAUGUGUUGUUGUUGGUGCAGGAUAUAUUGCAGUAGAGUUAGCUGGUAUACUAAAAACACUUGGAUCUGAAGUACACCACUUUAUUAGAACCAAUAAGAUUUUACGUACAUUUGAUUCUAUGAUUGUUGAUAACAUUACUGAAGAACAUGAAAGAAAUGUCGGUGUAAACUUGCAUAAAUUUGUACAGUCAAAUGAAAUUAAAGUGGAGAAAGACGCUACUACAGGGUUACUGACAGUGAACACAUUCACAAAGACUUCGCCUGAUGGUGAGAAAGUACCUCUGGUAAUAAAUGAAGUAGAUUGUCUACUGUGGGCCAUAGGAAGAGCACCCAACACAAAUGGUCUAGGCUUAGAAAAGAUGGGUAUUGAGUUAAACCCAAAAGGAGAAGUUAUCGCAGAUGCGUUCCAAAACACAUCGAUACCAAAUGUGUAUGCACUUGGUGACGUGGUUGGGAAGGCUUUACUCACACCAGUUGCUGUUGCUGCUGGUCGUCGAUUAGCACAUCGUUUAUUUAACAAUGAAACUGACUUGAAGUUGGAUUACGAAAAUAUUGCUACUGUUGUGUUCAGUCAUCCAACCAUUGGUACUGUUGGUCUUACGGAAGCUGAAGCAAGAAAACGACAUGGAGAUGAUAAAAUCAAAAUUUAUCAAUCGAAAUUUGUCAACAUGUAUUACGCUAUAAGUGAGCAUAAACCAAAAACUGCUAUGAAAUUGGUUUGUUUGCUGCCUGAAGAAAAGGUAAUCGGUGUCCACAUUCUUGGGAUGGGAGCAGACGAGAUGAUGCAAGGCUUUGCUGUGGCAGUUAAGAUGGGUGCUACAAAGAAAGAUUUUGAUAACACCGUAGCAAUUCAUCCUACAGCAGCAGAAGAACUUGUCACCAUGCGGUAAACAUAUCGAGUGCAUUAUUUGCAAAAUAUUUAUUGUUUUAAAGUUAUAUUAAAACGUUUCCGUGAAAUUUUAUGCAUUUGACAAAUCGGACUAUAAAUCGGGCUAUCGGACAAUUAAGCAGAUAUUUGUGAACUUCUUACUGUGAAUUUUUGUGUCGUCUACAUACUGGAAUAUUCCCGCUCAAUUACUCAGUAAAGAAUUCUUACUCUAAAGGUUUUUUUUUAUGAAAUUGCCAAGAAAGUCUAAAAUUGAUCAUGAUUCAUAUGUUUUCAGUUCGGUUUUAUCUAUAUUAUAAUUAUUGCCCGCCGUCUGCCAAAUUCCUGUGGAUUUUUUCACGGGUUAUCGACUAGUUCUAGAUAUAUAAAAAUCACUUUUAUUUAUACGACAAAUUGUAAUUUAGUAAAUCGAUAUUCUCAUUUUGGUCACCCUUUGAUUUUAUUUAAUACGGAGAAAUAUUUAUACAUAGCUGGGAAGCCACUGUUUUUCAAGUUCAGUUUUUUUAACUUUAAAAGAUUUUUGUAGCUAUUCUA